GGAAUCAGAGGGAGAGAGGGAAAAACCCCUAAAUUCGUUCGAAACGGCGUCGUAUUGACCUUCUCAUUCUCCUUAAAAGGAGGAAUAGAAGAAUCCCAAUAAGCAAAGAGAUUCUGAAAAUUAUAACUUCUUCAUUGUCUCUGUUUUCUAUAUAAUACACAUUCAAUAAAAAUCCAAUCUUUCAUAUUUUCGAGAGAGAUUCAAACAAACCGCAUUGGGCUUGGAACAACCAACGAUGGGGUUGAUCGUGGAGGUCGAGAACGGCGACGACAACGACGCCGUUCUGGUUCCGCCCCCUAACUUCGCCAUGGUCGAGGACUGCAUUUUCCGAUCCAGCUUUCCUACCUCCUCCAAUUUCCCCUUUCUCCAAACCCUAAACCUUCGUUCCAUCAUAUACCUGUGCCCCGAGCCUUAUCCUGAGGAAAAUCUAGAGUUCCUUCGGUCGCAGAAUAUUCGUCUCUUUCAAUUUGCAAUUGAGGGGAAAACGGAUAUUUCUACCCCUAUUCUCAAGGAUUCUAUCAUGGAUGCACUGAAAGUUUUGAUUGAUGUGAGAAAUCACCCUGUUUUGAUCCAUUGCAAGCGAGGAAAGGUAUUAAAAGAUGCAGAAACUGUAAAUUUAGGCAUAGAACUGGUUGCCUUGUUGGUUGCUUGCGAAAAUUACAGAAUUGGUGUUUAUCUUCUGUAUUUGAGGAGUACCAACGAUUUGCUGGUGCUAAAUCCAGGACAAUGGACUUAACAUUUAUAGAAAUGUUUGACAUUCUAAGCCUGAGCCAGUGCCUUUACAGCAUAAUCUACCAGUACCAUGGAUAUGGUUCGAAAAAGCGUCGGUUGUUGUACAAAGAAGAGAAUUUACAGAAGCCCCGAUUGACAUCAUUUUAGCUGUGACGGGAUUUGAUUCUUUUCCUUUUACUUUGUAGAUUUCAUACUUCAUAUAGUUUUUCUCAGAUUCAUUCAACGUCAUUUUCAAAUAUCUUUAAGACUACUUCUACUGCUAAAGAAAA